UGUUUGUGUUUGAGACAAUCAGGCAUGGCAGCUAUUCGAAUGAUAGAUAUAGCCGUCAACUUCACAGAUGGCAUGUUUAAGGGAAUCUAUAACGGCAAGCAAUGUCACGUCGCGGAUAUACCAACGGUUUUGAGCAGAGCUUGGGCUGCUGGUGUCCACCGAAUUAUUGUAACUGGGGGGUCCCUUGAGGAAUCAAGAGAAGCGCUUGCAAUUGCAGAAACAGAUGGACGACUUUUCUGCACAGUGGGCGUGCAUCCAACACGUUGCAAGGAAUUUGAGGAGAGUGGAGAUCCAGAAAAGCAUUUUCAGGCUCUUUUGUCCUUAGCUAAUGAGGGAAUUCAGAAAGGAAAGGUGGUUGCAGUUGGAGAAUGUGGAUUGGACUAUGACAGACUUCAUUUUUGCCCUGUAGAGAUUCAAAAGAAGUAUUUUGAGAAGCAAUUUGAAUUAGCAUAUAUAACAAAACUGCCAAUGUUUUUGCACAUGCGAGCAGCUGCUGCGGAUUUCUGUGAAAUAGUUGAGAAAAAUAAAGACAGGUUCACAGCUGGAGUCACCCAUUCAUUUACUGGUAGUAUGGACGAUUGCAUUAAGCUUCUCUCAUUUGAUAAAAUGUACAUAGGCAUAAAUGGGUGCUCUCUGAAGACAACUGAGAACCUUGAUGUCGUGAAGGAUAUUCCUAUUGAGAGAAUGAUGAUUGAGACAGACUCACCAUACUGCGAAAUCAAGAAUACUCAUGCAGGAAUUGGUUUUGUUAAAUCUACAUGGCCUUCUAAGAAGAAAGAGAAGUACGAUCAAGAGUGCAUUGUCAAAGGUCGCAAUGAACCUUGUUUAGUUAGGCAAGUUCUUGAGGUGGUUGCUGGCUGUAAAGGUAUCAUUGACGUGGGUAACCUCAGCAGAACAGUGUACCACAACACUUGCAGGGUUUUUUUCCCGCAUGACUUGGAUUCUGCAGCUGAUGCUCUUCUAGCAGGCGUUGAUUCUUCGUAAACAGACUUAUUGGUGGUUUGGCUCUUAUGUUUCUUUUUAUUCGGAGCUGUUCAGUUGCCCAUUUCCUCUAUGUUUGAGAAAGCUUACAUGGUGUCCUUGAAUUGAAACUGAGAUUGUCUGUCGGUUCCCUUUUCGGGAAAUGAUAAAUCAAGAAGUGAUUUCCAGAAGGCAGUCUGGCGAGUGUUUGAGUCACAGAUUAUUGCAUUCUAUUUUCAUGAGCUUAUAAUGUAAAAUACUACUGUGAUACAGCCAAAAGGUUCCAAUAGGCGGGGAUGGUUUUAUUUAUGGUGUCAUGACUCGACGUAAAUCAACCCAAAGUGCCUUCGAAAAUUGCUGCUGCUUUUUGUUUUGUUUUUGUUUUUUAAACUGUCGGCCUGAGUUCAAGGCUAAGGUUAGGUUAGACAGUAUCACUCGUAACGUGUGGCUUCCUGCCUCUUAUCAUGCUUUGUUUGAAAAUGUUAUUCGAUUAACUCAAUGUUAUAAAGCCUG